GAGGUCGACCUCGACGCCUGCCGCCUCCUCGGGCCCGUCGGCCUCGUCGCCCAGGCCAUCAUGGGCACCAUCGUCCUGUCUGGUCUCGUCGUCAAACGCAUGCGCGAGCACCCGCGCCGCAAGUGGAAGACGUGGCUCGCCGACGUCGCAAAGCAGGUCGUCGGCCAGCUCUUUCUCCACGCGAGCAACGUCUUGAUCGCCGACCUGAUCGCCUCGGCGACGAGCGUCAACCCGUGCUCGCUCUACGCCGCCCAGAUCCUUAUCGACACGACGUUCGGCGUCCUCCUCAUCUACUACCUCCUCGCGCUCGCGACCCACCUCAUGCGCGCCCACGUCGCCCCCGAGUACCAGCAGGGCUUCUACGGCCACCCGCACUUCUCGUGGCACAAGUGGGGCGAGCAGGCCGCCGUCUACAUCGCGUGCCUCGCCGCCAUGAAGGCCGUCGUCGUCUUCUUCAUGUGGGCCUUCCCGCUCCUCGAGGACGGCGUCAGCUGGCUCCUGUCGUGGAUUCCCUCGGACGAGGCCCAAGUCGUCCUCGUCAUGCUCGUCCUCCCGCUCGUCAUGAACCUGUUUCAGUUC